AUGUCAAACUCUAAGAAUAUUUAUGAGUAUUUGGACCUUGACAAUUUGGACAUGAACCGCGCUUACAGUCUUGAAGAGUUUGAAAUCAUCAGCGACCAGCUUAAGUAUCGCACGUUAAUAAUCGACGACGAACCCAUCCAUCACUUUGAGCUGGACAAAUCUGGAAAACUCAUUCCAAUGCCACCAACCGUGUUUCGCAAAGAAUAUGCUGUCGCUAAGAUCGUAGCACAAUUAGAAAACUGGAACAAGGAGUCUCGGCAGAAGGGGGUAGUGACUUCCUCACAAGGUUUUAAACUUGAAAGUGGUGAAGUUGUAGCACCGGACGUCGCUUAUACACCAAGAGAUACUUGUCACGGACUAGAUGAUAGCCAACUUGACUCAUUUCAAGGUGAACCCUUCAGUCCUACCGUUGUUGUGGAGGUCGAAGACUUUGAAAAUAUUCAUGGAACGAAGUUUAAUAAAGUGGAUCUCAAGUUCAAGAACGUUUACUUUGCACCGAAAACGUCUGUUCAGCUCGGUUGGCUAAUAGACCCUAAGUAUGAACAUAUUUGGAUUUAUAGGCGUGAUGCUCGUCGCGUUAAAAAGCGCACCUGGAGCGAUCUGGAUGGAGAGGAGUAUUUGCCAGGCUUUACUCUUGAGGUGGCUGAGCUUGAAUGGCAGGACCCGGGAUCACUGGAAGCGUCAGAUGAAGAGGAAGAGUUGGAAUAUUCUUAUUCCGAGUGCGAUCAAAGUUUUGAUAGUAAACACCUUUUGAUGAAGCAUUUGAGGAGAGAUCACUAA